CUCAGACCCUAGUGGGGGCUGUCCCUAACUUUCUUCUUCCCAAAUUCUCUUAUCAUACAAUUUCUAGGAUUUACUCCAUUUGCAGCCCAAACUUGUGUCGACACUGGACUCCAUCGCCCACGAUAACUUUCAUAUCUACACAAUUAUUACAACUUUCAGCGACGUAUUGAAACUAGGAAGCCUGCAGCUGGGGUUGUAUUAUAAAGCUUUUCAAACCGGAGCAAAUCAGAGCCGCCGCCCUUGCAUAUCUUGAUCGACGGUUCUUAUCAUUUCUGGGUGUUUUUCUCAUCUGGGUUCAGAGUUCGGCGCCCUAUCUUUGCAAAUCGACAACUGGGUUAUCCUUCAUUUCUAUUGAUUGAUCCACCUUCCCCUCAAGGAAAGGAUUCCGUGAUGAAUGGAUGUUUUGGGUACGAUGAUCUUGUUGUUCCUAAAGAUCAAGGGUUUUCUGAUGGGUUCCAGUCACCGGAUAGUUGGUCAAAUUGGGCACUAAAUGCUUCCAAUACCUUCAACGACUAUUCUCACAAAUACUUACUAUCCCCUACAAACCUAUCUCCGGAACAGCUCCGAUCUGACACGCAUACUUCUGCUAACCAUCAAUUCGACAUGGAAUGCAGUACUAUCCCAGACAGGGAUCAAUCUAGCUGUUCAAGUUUCGGUGGAGGAGCAAUGGUAUGCCACGAGUCUUUUCACAGGCAGCCGGAUUGUCAUCUGGAUGGCCUUUCAGGGAUCGAGCCUAUGGAUGAUCUUUUCUUGAGUUCUUUGCUUGAUGAUAUGCAAGAGAUGGAACAGAAUUCUCCUUGCUUUUCAUCCGAGUCACAAAACUGCAUGAUUGCUGUUGAUGAUCUCUGGACAGAAGCCACCGCUUUAGAUUCAGACUCAAUAUCAAGCAAUGCUGGAGUUCCUGCAUCGUCACAGUACAGUCCGUGUGACUUGGAGAAAUCAGUUAUUCAUCAACUAAAGGUACCUCCUUUUACUGUAUCAGUAACACCAACUGAGGAAGACUGCAAAGGCAUCCAACUACUAAAGGAACCCUCUAGGGAGGAGUCUGCUCUACAUGAGUUCGAACUGGUGAUGGCACAGUUGCCUACAAAGACCCGAAUAUGCUUUCGUGACUCCUUGUAUCGUUUGGCCAAAAACUCAAGACCCCAUGAAGUAGCAAAUGAAGAUGUUGCCAUGGACAUUCCUUCAUGGACAGCUCAAGUUGAGGAAUCAAGGUCUGGUGUCAGAGGAAUGGAACAGGAGACAAAUUCCAUUGACCGAUCCAUAGCUAGCAUGAUGUUUAACAAGAUGGACCUGAACGUGCUGCAGUCAAGCCAUCCACAAUACUUCACCGAUGCGCCUAACAACCCGUCAUUUCAUGGUGACGCUGAGGUUCCAGUUUCUGGCCAUGGAGGAUACAUGGGAGCAGCAGCAGCAGAGUCAGGCAGGCAUUUGUCACGAACUGUGGCAAACUAGUAUGAAGAAGGUCAGGGCGCCAAGCAAGUGACGAAGGGCUUGGUGAAGAGUCCAGCAACGCAUAAGAAUGUUCCACGCGUUAUGUGCAUAUUAGUAUUGUGAGGGUAGUCGUACUAGUAGUGAUAUAUAGUAGAUUUUAGGCCUGCUGUAAAAUCUUCACCAGCCAAAGUUGGUUUUUUGAAGGGCAUGUGUGGAGAAGUGAAUCUUCUCUAUAGACUUCUAUGGUAGCAGAAUACAUCUGGGUUAAGAAUUUGUUCUUCUGACUUAAUAAAAAGAGAGAGAAGGGAUUUGUUCUCAAUAUAUAAUAGCGACUAAUUUAAACCUCCAAGUCAAUGCAGGUCAUGGUGUCUUGAGUUUUUGUUCUUCCCGCGUAUCCCCGCGAUACAUGCUGCCCACAAUGUUCAAAGUCAAAACCCAUAACUUUAUUAAGCUUGAGAAACUCGAGAUUUGAGACAUUCAUUCCCCUAGCAGAGACUAAAACUCGAUUGUCAACUUCCACGACGGCUGGAAAAUAAGGUCAACUGUUUUCGUCACCCUUUUGGGCUGAGAAGAGAACAUAAGCAAU